UCCGAAGCGGACAGGAGAUUUCAGAUUUCUCUGAGUUUCAUAUGCUUCUCAGCGCCAGGAAAAUAAAUAUCGACGGAAUAUCGAUUUCUUUUGGAAACAACAUCGACGUGACAAUGGGGCGACUUGUCUCACCCCUACUGGUCGCAGGUCUGUUUUUGCUGAGUGUAUACUUCGACCAAGCCCACUGUGCCGAAUGGUUACCAUCAUGCCCUCCAGCAGAGGCAACUAUGACCCACGCUGAUGACACAGGCAUCAUUGAGGUCUCAACAACCACUGCCACUGCCCUAGUAUCUUAUUCCCUUUCAUAUGAUGAUCCAUUUGAAGCAGAAGUCAUACGAUGCUAUCCAGGCGUAAGCCCAAACUAUCCAUGUCCUACAAACAAUCGAUUUCCUAUCACGUUUUCUUACCCUGGCGGUGGUGAUGGCGAUCCACCCCCCCAAAUGAUCAAAGUGUUCUAUGAGGUCUGGAUUACUACCAUACCACUCGUGAGAAGUACUCCAUGCGAGUUUUAUGUGAGCGUUUUAGAUAUAGGCAAACCUGUAAUAACAUGUCCUGCCAAUAUUGUGAUGCCGGGUGAUGAGGACCAAUUCACCAUGAAGACUGUCAGUUGGACUACACCAGUCCCAACAGAUAAUUCCAAUGCUGCUGUUACCUUAACAUCUAGCAUCUACCCCAUCACUUCACCCAACAAAUUUGAUGUUGGUGUGCAUAAUAUCACCUACACUGCAAUGGACCAAUCGGGGAACACUAAUGAGUGCACUUUCACUGUGACUAUCACAGAUGCUGUUGCUCCUGAGUUCCUGAACUGUUCCACUGAUGUAAUCACAAGGUGUACAACGCCCAACCAAGCCACUGCUUCUGUUUCCUUCUUCCUUCCCACUGCCACAGACAACAGCGGAAAAACGCCAACUGUAGAAUGCUUCUACGUCGGGAGUUCGGUUCCUCUUAACCAUUUAGGACAAAUGUUUCCGAUAGGAACUCAUGAUAUCCAGUGUAAUGCAAGUGAUGCAGCCGGUAAUACGAACACUUCAUGCGAGUUCAUGAUCACUGUUCUAGACAAAGAGGAUCCUAACAUUACAUGUUCAAGCAACGUCACACGGGACACAGAUUUGCGACAGAGCUUUGCAACAUUUGUCUUUUCUGAGCCGUAUGGAAUGACUGAGAACUCCAUGCUUUACAAUAUCACCAUUGAUAUAGGGGAAAGCUCUUUGUAUGCAAUCAAUGACUCGUAUCAAUUUCAGCUAAGAGACGCCCCUCAUCAAGUACAGUAUAUCAUCACUGACAGCUCCGGAAAUAAUGACACAUGCGACAUAUUCAUUACUGUUGUGGAUUCGGAGCACCCUUUGUUUGAGGACUGCCCCAGUGAUAUACAUAUGAGCACAUCUCCUGGUGAUGCAACUGCUUUGAUUACGUUUGACCUUCCUAAUGCUACGGACAACUCUCCGGAUUCAGUGACUGUUUUAUGCUAUGAGGUUGGAACUUCAAUUCCCCUGGGCCCUCAGGGUACUCUUGUGGAUAUCGGCACCACCGCUGCCCAGUGUAAUGCUACUGAUACUGCGGGCCUGGUCAAUGACUCCUGCACAUUCUCAAUCACGGUCACAGAUCUGGAGGCGCCAAUGUAUAUGGACUGUCCCCCCUCAUUCACAGAGUUCACUUCCCUGGGUCUACCCACUGGUAGUGUGUUUUUCUAUCUUCCAAACGCCACUGACAAUUCCAACAACUCUGUCACUGUUGAAUGCUUCGCUCCAAUGGACACUCAGCCCUUCAACAACAUGGGUGGUUUGUUAGAGAUCGGUGUGCACCUUAUCAUGUGUAACGCUACUGAUCUUUCUAUGCAAGUGAAUGUAUCAUGCAGUUUCAACGUAACAAUUGAAGAUGACGAAGACCCUAGUCUGGUUUGCCCAGAGAAUGUGACAGUUCCGACUCUCUUCAGACAAGAUUACGCUGAAGUCCUCUUACCCGAACCCCUUCAGAUGUCCGAUAACUCUGGGUUCUUUAACAUCAGCGUAUUUAUAGGAGGGGUUGAGUACUCAGUCAAUGAAGAAGUGCAGUUCAACCUGACUGAUUCGCCCUAUACGCUCACUUAUGUCAUUAGCGAUCCUGCAUCGAGGACUAAUACUUGUGAUUCGGUAGUUGUGGUUCAAGAUUCGGAGCACCCUUUGUUUGAGGACUGCCCCAGUGAUAUACAUAUGAGCACAUCUCCUGGUGAUGCAACUGCUUUGAUUACGUUUGACCUUCCUAAUGCUACGGACAACUCUCAGGAUUCAGUGACUGUUUUAUGCUAUGAGGUUGGAACUUCAAUUCCCCUGGACCCUCAGGGUACUCUUGUGGAUAUCGGCACCACCGCUGCCCAGUGUAAUGCUACUGAUACUGCGGGCCUGGUCAAUGACUCCUGCACAUUCUCAAUCACGGUCACAGAUCUGGAGGCGCCAAUGUAUAUGGACUGUCCCCCCUCAUUCACAGAGUUCACUUCCCUGGGUCUACCCACUGGUAGUGUGUUUUUCUAUCUUCCAAACGCCACUGACAAUUCCAACAACUCUGUCACUGUUGAAUGCUUCGCUCCAAUGGACACUCAGCCCUUCAACAACAUGGGUGGUUUGUUAGAUAUCGGUGUGCACCUUAUCAUGUGUAACGCUACUGAUCUUUCUAUGCAAGUGAAUGUAUCAUGCAGUUUCAACGUAACAAUUGAAGAUGACGAAGACCCCAGUCUGGUUUGCCCAGAGAAUAUGACAGUUUCGACUGUCUUCAGACAAGAUUACGCUGAAGUCCUCUUACCCGAACCCCUUCAGAUGUCCGAUAACUCUGGGUUCUUUAACAUCAGCGUAUCCAUAGGAGGGGUUGAAUACUCAGUCAAUGAAGAAGUGCAGUUCAACCUGACUGAUUCGCCCUAUACGCUCACUUAUGUCAUCAGCGAUCCUGCAUCGAGGACUAAUACUUGUGAUUCGGUAGUUGUGGUUCAAGACAAAGAGCCUCCGCAGUUGACAUGCCCAUCGAACAAGACAAACAAUACCCUUCCCGGUAGUCCCAAUGGCAUUGUAUACUGGUCAGCAAUUAUGCCCAUCGACAAUUCUGGGCAGAAUGUCACUGUUGGCGAAAGUACGCCAUCUGGGUCUGAAUUUCCUAUCGGUGAUACUACUGUAUUUGUCAACGCUACUGAUGCAAGUGGAAAUGUGGAGAUGUGCAACUUCACUGUUACAAUCAUAGAUAACGAGUUUCCUGUGUUUCCUGCAUGUGUUGAUAUCACCUUCCCAACAUCCCCGGGUGAACCAUCAGCUUAUAUCACCUAUGAUGUCCCAAAUGCUAUGGAUAAUUCUGGUAACCUCGUGACUGUUAAUUGCGUCUACGUAGCAUUUGAUGGAGCCUUGCUUUAUCAAGGAGUACACCAAGUUCUGUGCAUUGCCAUUGAUCAGGAGCAUGAAGAUAGUCCAUAUACUACUUGUAUAUUCAACAUUACUAUCCAAGAUAUGGAAUCGCCUAAUAUUACCUGCCCUAGCAAUCUGACUGUAUAUACGGAUUCUGGCAAGAAUUAUGCAACAGUUUCGUUACCAAUGGAAGAGUCAUCUGUCGACAACUCUGGAUUCAUCCCCGUCAUUGAUGUCAUUUAUGACAGUAUGAUGUACAGUGUUGGAGAUGAUGUAUUGUUCAACCUUUCGAUGUCGCCACAUAUAGUGCAGUACUUAGCUACAGACAACUCUACUAACAAUGCAACUUGUGAUUUCAAUAUCACAGUUAUAGACAACGAAGACCCCAUUCUGAUGUGCCCAGAAAAUGUUGAAAUGCGUGUAACACACGGAGAGCUAUACGGCACACCAACAUGGCCGCCGCCAGUCGUAACUGACAACUCGGGGGAAAUUGAUGUGAUAUCUGCAUCCCAUAUCAACGGCACAAGCAAGUUCUACGUCAAUGUUAUAGAAACUGUGGAAUACAAUGCUACAGAUUAUUCCGGCAAUGUCGGCUACUGUAACUUCACUGUUCUUGUAAUAGACGAUGUGCCACCUAUACUGGCCUGUCCAGCCAAUCGAACCGAUCCAACAGAGUUCAACAGUUCCUUUGCCAUUGUCUACUGGGACCUGCCGACAGUGAUGGAAAACACCCCAGCUAUGGUUGAUCUGACAUCAGACGUGGAUAAUGGCACUUCAGUCAACCUCGGUGACACGCUGACAGUCACCUACACUGGCACUGACGCUUCAGGAAACAAUGCCACUUGUUUCUUCAAAGUCACUGUCAAUGAUACGGAGCCUCCACAAAUUGAUUGCCCAGUCAAUCAAACAAUUACUACAGAUCUUGGUCAGAACUUUUCUACAUUUGCCCUACCUCCUGAAGCCUAUUCCUAUGAUAACUCUGGAGACUCACCCACCAUCACAAUAGAAUUUGAUAAUUCAGUGUUUAACGUCGGUGAAAGCGCUAUGUUCAGUUUGGAAACGUCUACACAUCAAGUGUUGUACAUUGCUACGGAUGCUGCCAUGAACAAUGCUACUUGUUGGACCAACUUCACUGUAAUAGAUAAAGAGGCUCCAAACAUAACGUGUCCUGAAAAUAUAGUCAAUAAUACUGAACCUGGUUUACCAAACGCCACUGUCGUCUGGUCUGAACCUAUUGUCACAGACAACUCUGGACAGGACGUUCUGUUCUUGGGAGAUGUAAAUUCAGGAUCUACCUUCGACAUUGGUUCGCAUGUUGUGAUCUAUAACGCAACAGAUAGCAGUAACAACAUUAACUAUUGCAACUUCACCAUCCAAAUUAUAGAUAAUGAGCCUCCUGUGUUUGACAGUUGUCCAGACCUCCACUUUUUCACAUCUGUUGGUCAACCCACGGCAUAUGUUACCUAUACAGUCCCUACUGCCACAGACAACUCUGGUGGCAAUGUGACUGUAAAUUGCCCCUCUGUAAUGUUUGAUGGAGAGUAUCUUCCAAUUGGUCUUCAUGAUGUAGCUUGUAUUGCUAUAGAUCAAGAUAGUCCAGACGGUCUGAAUUCAAUAUGCAUGUUCAACAUUACUGUACAAGAUAUGGAAUCGCCUAAUAUCACCUGCCCUAGCAAUCUGACUGUAUAUACGGAUUCUGGCAAGAAUUAUGCAACAGUUUUGUUACCAAUGGAAGAGUCAUCUGUCGACAACUCUGGAUUAACCCCCAGUAUCGAUGUCAUUUAUGACAGUAUGAUGUACAGUGUUGGAGAUAAUGUAUUGUUCAACCUUUCGAUGUCGGCGUAUCUAGUGCAGUACUUAGCUACAGACAACUCUACUAACAAUGCAACUUGUGAUUUCAAUAUCACAGUUAUAGACAACGAAGACCCCAUUUUGACGUGCCCAGAGAACGUUGAAAUGCUCGUAACACAUGGACAGGUAUUCGGCACACCAACAUGGUCGCCGCCAGUCGUAACUGACAACUCUGGAGAAAUUGAUGUUAUAUCUGCAUCCCAUAUCAACGGCACAAGCUCGUUCUACGUCAAUGUUAUAGAAACUGUGGAAUACAAUGCUACAGAUUAUUCCGGCAAUGUUGGCUACUGUAACUUCACCGUUCUUAUAAUAGACGAUGUGCCACCUAUACUGGCCUGUCCAGCCAAUCGAACCGAUCCAACAGAGUUCAACAGUUCCUUUGCUAUUGUCUACUGGGACCUGCCGACAGUGAUGGAAAACACCGAAACUAUGGUUGAUCUGACAUCAGACGUGGAUAAUGGCACUUCAGUCAACCUCGGUGACACGCUGACAGUCACCUACACUGGCACUGACGCUUCAGGAAACAAUGGCACUUGUUUCUUCCAAGUCACUGUCAAUGAUACGGAGCCUCCACAAAUUGAUUGCCCAGCCAAUCAAACAAUUACAACAGAUCUUGGUCAGGACUUUUCUACAUUUGCCCUGCCUCCUGAAGCCUAUUCCUAUGAUAACUCUGGAGACUCACCCACCAUCACAAUAGAAUUUGAUAAUUCAGUGUUUAACGUCGGUGAAAGCGCUAUGUUCAGUUUGGAAACGUCUACACAUCUAGUGUUGUACAUUGCUACGGAUGCUGCCAUGAACAAUGCUACUUGUUGGACCAACUUCACUGUAAUAGAUGAAGAGGCUCCAAACAUAACAUGUCCUGAAAAUAUAGUCAAUAAUACCGACCCCACUUUGCCAUAUGGCACUGUCGUCUGGUCUGAACCUAUUGUCACAGACAACUCUGGACAGGACGUUACGUUCUUGGGAGAUGUAAAUUCAGGAUCUACCUUCGACAUUGGUUCCCAUGUUGUGAUCUAUAACGCAACAGAUAGCAGUAACAACAUUAACUAUUGCAACUUCACCAUCGAAAUUAUAGAUAAUGAGCCUCCUGUGUUUGACAGUUGUCCAGACCUCCACUUUUUCACAUCUGUUGGUCAACCCACGGCAUAUGUUACCUACACAGUCCCUAUUGCCACAGACAACUCUGGUGGCCAUGUGACUGUAAAUUGCCCCUCUGUAAUGUUUGAUGGAGAGUAUCUUCCAAUUGGUCUUCUUGAGGAUGUGGCUUGUGUUGCUAUAGAUCAAGAUAGUCCAGACGGUCUGAAUUCAAUAUGCUUGUUCAACAUUACUGUACAAGAUAUGGAAUCGCCUAAAAUCACCUGCCCUAGCAAUCUGACUGUAUAUACGGAUUCUGGCAAGAAUUAUGCAACAGUUUCGUUACCAAUGGAAGAGUCAUCUGUCGACAACUCCGGAUUAACCCCCAGUAUCGAUGUCAUUUAUGACAGUAUGAUGUACAGUGUUGGAGAUAAUGUAUUGUUCAACCUUUCGAUGUCGGCGUAUCUAGUGCAGUACUUAGCUACAGACAACUCUACUAACAAUGCAACUUGUGAUUUCAAUAUCACAGUUAUAGACAACGAAGACCCCAUUCUGAUGUGCCCAGAAAACGUUGAAAUGCGUGUAACACACGGAGAGCUAUACGGCACACCAACAUGGCCGCCGCCAGUCGUAACUGACAACUCGGGGGAAAUUGAUGUGAUAUCUGCAUCCCAUAUCAACGGCACAAGCAAGUUCUACGUCAAUGUUAUAGAAACUGUGGAAUACAAUGCUACAGAUUAUUCCGGCAAUGUCGGCUACUGUAACUUCACUGUUCUUGUAAUAGACGAUGUGCCACCUAUACUGGCCUGUCCAGCCAAUCGAACAGAUCCAACAGAGUUCAACAGUUCCUUUGCCAUUGUCUACUGGGACCUGCCGACAGUGAUGGAAAACACCCCAGCUAUGGUUGAUCUGACAUCAGACGUGGAUAAUGGCACUUCAGUCAACCUCGGUGACACGCUGACAGUCACCUACACUGGCACUGACGCUUCAGGAAACAAUGCCACUUGUUUCUUCCAAGUCACUGUCAAUGAUACGGAGCCUCCACAAAUUGAUUGCCCAGUCAAUCAAACAAUUACUACAGAUCUUGGUCAGGACUUUUCUACAUUUGCCCUACCUCCUGAAGCCUAUUCCUAUGAUAACUCUGGAGACUCACCCACCAUCACAAUAGAAUUUGAUAAUUCAGUGUUUAACGUCGGUGAAAGCGCUAUGUUCAGUUUGGAAACGUCUACACAUCAAGUGUUGUACAUUGCUACGGAUGCUGCCAUGAACAAUGCUACUUGUUGGACCAACUUCACUGUAAUAGAUGAAGAGGCUCCAAACAUAACGUGUCCUGAAAAUAUAGUCAAUAAUACCGACCCCACUUUGCCAUAUGGCACUGUCGUCUGGUCUGAACCUAUUGUCACAGACAACUCUGGACAGGACGUUACGUUCUUGGGAGAUGUAAAUUCAGGAUCUACCUUCGACAUUGGUUCGCAUGUUGUGAUCUAUAACGCAACAGAUAGCAGUAACAACAUUAACUAUUGCAACUUCACCAUCCAAAUUAUAGAUAAUGAGCCUCCUGUGUUUGACAGUUGUCCAGACCUCCACUUUUUCACAUCUGUUGGUCAACCCACGGCGUAUGUUACCUACACAGUCCCUACUGCCACAGACAACUCUGGUGGCCAUGUGACUGUAAAUUGCCCCUCUGUAAUGUUUGAUGGAGAGUAUCUUCCAAUUGGUCUUCAUGAGGAUGUAGCUUGUGUUGCUAUAGAUCAAGAUAGUCCAGACAAUCUGCAUUCAAUAUGCUUGUUCAACAUUACUGUACAAGAUAUGGAAUCGCCUAAUAUCACCUGCCCUAGCAAUCUGACUGUAUAUACGGAUUCUGGCAAGAAUUAUGCAACAGUUUCGUUACCAAUGGAAGAGUCAUCUGUCGACAACUCUGGAUUCAUCCCCGUCAUUGAUGUCAUUUAUGACAGUAUGAUGUACAGUGUUGGAGAUAAUGUAUUGUUCAACCUUUCGAUGUCGGCGUAUCUAGUGCAGUACUUAGCUACAGACAACUCUACUAACAAUGCAACUUGUGAUUUCAAUAUCACAGUUAUAGACAACGAAGACCCCAUUUUGACGUGCCCAGAGAACGUUGAAAUGCUCGUAACACAUGGACAGCUAUUCGGCACACCAACAUGGCCGCCGCCAGUCGUAACUGACAACUCGGGGGAAAUUGAUGUUAUAUCUGCAUCCCAUAUCAACGGCACAAGCUCGUUCUUUGUCAAUGUUAUAGAAACUGUGGAAUACAAUGCUACAGAUUAUUCCGGCAAUGUCGGCUAUUGUAACUUCACCGUUCUUAUAAUAGACGAUGUGCCACCUAUACUGGCCUGUCCAGCCAAUCGAACCGAUCCAACAGAGUUCAACAGUUCCUUUGCCAUUGUCUACUGGGACCUGCCAACAGUGAUGGAAAACACCCCGGCUAUGGUUGAUCUGACAUCAGACGUGGAUAAUGGCACUUCAGUCAACCUCGGUGACACGCUGACAGUCACCUACACUGGCACUGACGCUUCAGGAAACAAUGGCACUUGUUCCUUCCAAGUCACUGUCAAUGAUACGGAGCCUCCACAAAUUGAUUGCCCGGCCAACCAAACAAUUACAACAGAUCUUGGUCAGGACUUUUCUACAUUUGCCCUACCUCCUGAAGCCUUUUCCUACGAUAACUCUGGAGACUCACCCACCAUCACAAUAGAAUUUGAUAAUUCAGUGUUUAACGUCGGUGAAAGCGCUAUGUUCAGUUUGGAAACGUCUACACAUCAAGUGUUGUACAUUGCUACGGAUGCUGCCAUGAACAAUGCUACUUGUUGGACCAACUUCACUGUAAUAGAUGAAGAGGCUCCAAACAUAACGUGUCCUGAAAAUAUAGUCAAUAAUACCGACCCCACUUUGCCAUAUGGCACUGUCGUCUGGUCUGAACCUAUUGUCACAGACAACUCUGGACAGGACGUAACGUUCUUGGGAGAUGUAAAUUCAGGAUCUACCUUCGACAUUGGUUCGCAUGUUGUGAUCUAUAACGCAACAGAUAGCAGUAACAACAUUAACUAUUGCAACUUCACCAUCCAAAUUAUAGAUAAUGAGCCUCCUGUGUUUGACAGUUGUCCAGACCUCCACUUUUUCACAUCUGUUGGUCAACCCACGGCUUAUGUUACCUACACCGUCCCUACUGCCACAGACAACUCUGGUGGCCAUGUGACUGUAAAUUGCCCCUCUGUAAUGUUUGAUGGAGAGUAUCUUCCAAUUGGUCUUCAUGAGGAUGUAGCUUGUGUUGCUAUAGAUCAAGAUAGUCCAGACGGUCUGAAUUCAAUAUGCUUGUUCAACAUUACUGUACAAGAUAUGGAAUCGCCUAAUAUCACCUGCCCUAGCAAUCUGACUGUAUAUACAGAUUCUGGCAAGAAUUAUGCAACAGUUCCGUUACCAAUGGAAGAGUCAUCUGUCGACAACUCCGGAUUAACCCCCAGUAUCGAUGUCAUUUAUGACAGUAUGAUGUACAGUGUUGGAGAUAAUGUAUUGUUCAACCUUUCGAUGUCGGCGUAUCUAGUGCAGUACUUAGCUACAGACAACUCUACUAACAAUGCAACUUGUGAUUUCAAUAUCACAGUUAUAGACAACGAAGACCCCAUUCUGACGUGCCCAGAAAACAUUGAAAUGCUUGUAACACAUGGACAGCUAUUCGGCACACCAACAUGGCCGCCGCCAGUCGUAACUGACAACUCGGGGGAAAUUGAUGUUAUAUCUGCAUCCCAUAUCAACGGCACGAGCAUGUUCUACGUCAAUGUUAUAGAAAUUGUGGAAUACAAUGCUACAGAUUAUUCCGGCAAUGUCGGCUACUGUAACUUCACUGUUCUUGUAAUAGACGAUGUGCCACCUAUACUGGCCUGUCCGGCCAAUCGAACAGAUCCAACAGAGUUCAACAGUUUCUUUGCUAUUGUUUACUGGGACCUGCCGACAGUGAUGGAAAACACCCCGGCUAUGGUUGAUCUGACAUCAGACGUGGAUAAUGGCACUUCAGUCAACCUCGGUGACACGCUGACAGUCACCUACACUGGCACUGACGCUUCAGGAAACAAUGGCACUUGUUUCUUCCAAGUCACUGUCAAUGAUACGGAGCCUCCACAAAUUGAUUGCCCAGCCAAUCAAACAAUUACAACAGAUCUUGGUCAGGACUUUUCUACAUUUGCCCUACCUCCUGAAGCCUAUUCCUAUGAUAACUCUGGAGACUCACCCACCAUCACAAUAGAAUUUGAUAAUUCACUGUUUAACGUCGGUGAAAGCGCUAUGUUCAGUUUGGAAACGUCUACACAUCAAGUGUUGUACAUUGCUACGGAUGCUGCCAUGAACAAUGCUACUUGUUGGACCAACUUCACUGUAAUAGAUGAAGAGGCUCCAAACAUAACGUGUCCUGAAAAUAUAGUCAAUAAUACCGACCCCACUUUGCCAUAUGGCACUGUCGUCUGGUCUGAACCUAUUGUCACAGACAACUCUGGACAGGACGUCACAUUCUUGGGAGAUGCAAAUUCAGGAUCUACCUUCGACAUUGGUUCGCAUGUUGUGAUCUAUAACGCAACAGAUAGCAGUAACAACAUUAACUAUUGCAACUUCACCAUCCAAAUUAUAGAUAAUGAGCCUCCUGUGUUUGACAGUUGUCCAAACCUCCACUUUUUCACAUCUACAACUCUGGUGGCCAUGUGA